UAAGGAUAUCUCAUCCACUGAUGCACUUCCGAGUCUCUACCUAUCCUUCGUUUUCCUCUACGUUACGUAACGAAGUCUGUUGUUAUGCUGGAUGAACUAAGAACAGAAGUGCAGCGUCGGGACCAGGAACUUUUAGGAAUGUCUGCCAAAAUGAGGACCUUGGAGGAACAACAUCAGGACUACCAGAGACACAUAGCCGUCCUUAAGGAAUCCCUUUGUGCCAAGGAGGAACAUUACAAUAUGCUCCAGGCUGAUGUAAGACAUUCUUUUUUUCAAAAUCAAUCUCACAAGCACAAAAAAAAAUAAAAUUUCGAGUGCGAAGAGUGCCGCACAGUGGGGCCAAAUGUGCUUUUUGUGUCAAAAUCAAUCUAGAGGUCACAAUUUUCAUUCAAACUAAGCAAUUUUUUUUUAAAUCUUCGUUACUAAAUUCUCUA